AUGGCGAAGAGGUCGCGCAGUGAGGAUGAGGAUGAUGACCUUCAGUAUGCUGAUCAUGAUUAUGAAGUACCACAACAAAAAGGAUUGAAGAAACUCUGGAACAGAGUAAAAUGGACAAGAGAUGAGGAUGAUAAGUUAAAGAAGUUGGUGGAACAACAUGGAACUGAUGAUUGGACUCUAAUUGCUAGUCAUCUUCAAAAUCGUUCUGAUUUUCAGUGCCAGCAUCGAUGGCAGAAAGUUUUAAAUCCAGAAUUGAUAAAGGGUCCUUGGACUAAAGAAGAAGAUCAGAGGGUUAUUGAAUUAGUUCAGAAAUAUGGACCAAAAAGAUGGUCUUUAAUUGCAAAACAUUUAAAGGGAAGAAUAGGCAAGCAGUGUAGAGAAAGAUGGCAUAAUCAUCUGAAUCCUGAGGUAAAGAAAUCUUCCUGGACAGAAGAAGAGGACAGGAUCAUCUAUGAAGCACAUAAGCGGCUGGGAAAUCGUUGGGCAGAAAUUGCCAAACUACUUCCUGGAAGGACUGAUAAUUCUAUCAAAAAUCAUUGGAAUUCUACUAUGCGAAGAAAAGUGGAACAGGAGGGCUACUUACAAGAUGGGAUAAAAUCAGAACGAUCUUCAUCUAAACUUCAACACAAACCUUGUGCGACUAUGGACCAUUUGCAAACCCAGAAUCAGUUUUACAUACCUGUUCAGAUCCCUGGCUAUCAGUAUGUGUCACCUGAAGGCAAUUGUGUAGAACAUGUUCAAACUCCGUCUGCCUUUAUUCAGCAGUGCUUUGUUGAUGAAGAUCCUGAUAAGGAAAAGAAAAUAAAGGAACUUGAGUUGCUUCUUAUGUCAGCUGAGAAUGAAGUUAGAAGAAAGCGAGUUCCACCACAGCCUGGAAGCUUUUCUAGCUGGUCUGGUAGUUUCCUCAUGGAUGAGAGCAUGUCUAAUACUCAAAAUAGCCUUGAGGAGCACACUAGUGAGUUUUACAAUAUGGAUGAAAAUCAGACUGUGUCUGCUCAGCAGAAUUCACCCACAAAGUUCCUGGCUAUAGAGGCAAAUGCUGUGCUGUCCUCUCUACAGACCAUCCCAGAAUUUGCAGAGACUCUAGAACUUAUUGAAUCUGAUCCUGUAGCAUGGAGUGAUGUUACCAGUUUUGAUCUUUCUGAUGCUGCUGCUUCUCCAGUCAAGUCCACUCCAGUUAAACUAAUGCGAAUUCAACACAAUGAAGGAGCCAUGGAAUGUCAAUUUAAUGUCAGUCUUGUACUUGAAGAGAAAAAGAAUAGUUGUAAUGGUGGAGAGAGUGAGGCUGUUCCUUUAACAUCCCCAAAUGUGGCCAAGUUUAGCACUCCACCAACCAUACUCAGAAAGAAGAGAAGAUUACGAGUGGGUCAGUCACCAGGCAGUGAACUUGGUGAUGGCUCAUUCAAUGAUGGCAGUAAUAUAGCACUUAAACACACACCGGUGAAAACACUACCAUUUUCUCCAUCACAGUUUUUCAACACAUGUCCUGGAAAUGAACAACUUAAUAUAGAAAAUCCUUCAUUUACAUCAACCCCUAUUUGUGGGCAAAAAGUUCUCAUCACAACUCCUCUUCAUAAGGAAACAACUCCUAAAGAUCAAAAGGAAAAUGUAGGGUUUAGAACACCUACUAUAAGAAGAUCUUUAUCUGGUACCACACCAAGAACUCCUACUCCUUUUAAGAAUGCGCUUGCUGCUCAGGAGAAAAAAUAUGGACCUCUUAAAAUUGUGUCCCAGCCACUUGCCUUCUUAGAAGAAGAUAUUCGGGAAGUUUUAAAAGAAGAAACUGGAACAGACAUAUUCCUUAAAGAAGAAGAUGAACCUGCUUACAAAAGCUGCAAACAAGAGCGUACUACUUCUGCGAAGAAAGUCAGAAAAUCUCUAGUCUUAGAUAAUUGGGAAAAAGAAGAACCAGGUACUCAACUAUUGACUGAAGACUUUUCAGACAUGCAGUCAGAAAAUAUACUUACAACAUCUUUAUUAAUGAUACCAUUAUUGGAAGUACAUGACAAUAAGUGCAACUUGACUCCUGAAAAACAAGAUAUAAAUUCAACCAACAAAACAUAUACACUUACUAAAAAGAAACCAAACUCUAACAGUUCCAAAGUUGUCAAAUUGGAAAAGAACCUUCAGUCAAAUUUUGAAUGGGAAACAGUGGUUUAUGGGAAGACAGAAGACCAACUGAUCAUGACUGAACAAGCAAGAAGAUAUCUGAGUACUUACACAGCUACCAGCAACACUUCAAGAGCUCUAAUACUGUAA